UAAAUAUGUCUAAGGCCACAAAAUCAUGGGACACCAAUAUUGAUGCUCUUAAACCCUCGCAAAACCCUCUCCUUCUUCACAACUCUCCCUAAGGCUUUCCCAUGGCGACGCGUUCCAUUUCUCGCUCCAUUCCCAGGCUUCUGAAUCGAUCCUUCGCUUCGUCUGCUCCCCUCAGCCGAUCCCGUCCCCUCGCCGCAGCAGCAUUGUCCUCCGUCGUCCACCACCGCGGUGGUGGAUUCGUCUCUGCGAAAGGUCUUUCCUCGCAGGCGGCCACGGCAUCUUCUUCUCUGAACGAUCGGAACCCUAACUGGUCGUACAGGCCUCCCAAGGAGACGAUCUUGCUCGAUGGCUGCGAUUUCGAGCAUUGGCUCGUGGUUGUUGAUCCGCCUCAGGGUGAUCUUACCAGAGACGAGAUCAUUGACGGUUAUAUCAAAACCCUAGCUCAGAUUGUUGGCAGUGAAGAAGAAGCGAGGAUGAAGAUCUACUCUGUUUCGCAUCGGUGUUACUUUGCCUUCGGUGCACUUGUGUCUGAAGAUCUUUCUCACAAGCUGAAAGAGUUGCCAAAUGUGCGUUGGGUUCUUCCUGAUUCUUACCUUAAUGUGAGGAACAAAGACUAUGGAGGGGAACCCUUCAUUGAUGGGAGAGCUGUUCCUUAUGAUCCCAAGUACCACGAGGAAUGGUUAAGGAACAACGAUAAAGCAAAUGAUAAAAACAAGCGUGGUCCUAGAAAGUUUGAUAAAACCAGAAACUUUGUGAGGAGAGAGAACAUGGCUGGAGGCUCUUAUCCACCUCAGAAUUAUGGAGGACCACCAGCACAAUCCAACAUGGGAGGAGCACCACCGCAGAACAAUAUGGGAGGACAGAGGCCAUCAGCAAACUAUGGGGGAGCACCACCGCAGAACAACAUGGGAGGACAGAGGCCACCAGCAAACUAUGGAGGAGGAGCACCCCCACCAAAUUAUGGAGCACCACUACCGAACUAUGGAGGAGCACCACCUCAGAACAACAUGGGAGGACAGAGGCCACCAGCAAACUAUGGAGGAGGACCACCACCGAACUAUGGAGGAGCACCACCACCACAAACCCACAUCGGAGGAGCACCACCGCAGAACAACAUGGGAGGAGGUCCACCAAAUGAAGGAUGGCCAGGUAACAACAACUACCAGCAGCAGAGCGGUGGAAUGCAGCAGCCACAGUACCAGACCAACUAUCCACCUAACCGUGAUGGCGGCGGGAACCAGUACCAGAGUUAGAAUAGUUGAACCAGUAGUGGGUUUUUCUUUUUAAUCAUGCAUUCUGGACGAUGUAUAGGUAAUCUAAGGAAGGAAGAGAGAAUGCAUUAGCAAGACUUAAUAACUCCUUUGUUUUCACUCUUUAUCAGCCUGGUAUCGUUUGUGGCCGUGGUUCUGGCGUUUUUUAGUUUAUGUAGUUAUCAAGUGAUUCA